CUCUCUCUCUCUCUCUCUCUCUCUCUCUCCCUCCACUUCCUCAAAGUGGCCAGAGCUCCACUCUUCUCUCUUGUCCCCUUAACAUCCCUCCACCACUCUUUUUCUUCCUCCAGCUCUGAGAGACCAGCACCGGCUCGGCACCUUCGUCUUCAACUCUACAAGUUAAAAGGAUCUCAGGCCAACUCCCAAACUUCUCCAGAAUACUUUAUUUUCAUUCUAGAUCUUUUUUUGUUGGCCCCUCAAACCUUCCCCUCAGGAGAGGCUGGUUGGUGUGUGUCUGGUGUGUGUGCGAGGGCUCCGGUGUCGUGCUCUUUGCCCCGAGGGAGUCCCCAUAGGUUGUGACUGAAGGAGAAAAGUUUUCACCACGAUGAAUGUUCAGCUGCUGCUCCUGUUGGCCCUGGCUGGCCCUCUCUGUGCCUUCCCACAUGCAAACCACACAGAUGUCACUACAGAGCCUUAUGUUGGGACCACUCAGACUGUAGCAGAAGUCACUCUUGACACUUCCGAGUCUCCAAGAGAAAACCAUACUGUUGUCACUGGUCCUCCUCCAACCGAACCAGCAACGGCCCAUCAAGAAGUCACAACAGAAGUUGUCACCGAGGCCGUCGUUGAGACAGAGGCCUCUGUUGCUGCUACUACUGCAGCAGCACCCGAACCCCUUGUCACCGACUCUCCCAUUGAGGGGACCACAGCAACUGUUGAGGAAAUGCAUGAGAAAAAGGUUGAGGAAGCCACUGCAGCAGACACGGGUGAAGAGGUGCUUGUUGAAGAAGACACAGAGGAGGGCCUGAGUACUGGCCAAGUAGUUGGCAUCGUGAUUGGCUGUCUGUUGGCAGUGGUCAUCGUCAUCGCCGUGGUGAUUGCUGUGGUGAGGAGGAUGGGUAAAUACUCCCCUUGAGGAAAAAGCAGGCCAAGCAGCAGGAGCGCCCAAGGUUCUGGAAAUUCUGAACUACUGAGCUGUGACGUCAUUUCCGAUCAUUGAAACAAGCACGAUACCAGAACUCAACUAAUCUAACCAGACAUCUGGACUAUUGCCAAAUGGUGGGGGGGGGGCUUAUGUGUGUUAUGUGUGUGCUGUAUGUUUGUGAGACAAGAGGGGUACAUGAGCAAACAUCCUCACCUCCCCCGCUACCUCCCUGACCUCCGGGAGCCGCUGAUGUAAAAGGCUCUGUCCCCACCUACUCCCUCUGAGAUAACAAAAAAAGGGGACAGCAGGGUAUCACAACGAAUUUCAGGCCUUUCAAACGCAUUUUGUAAAAAUUAAAAAAAAAGAUUGGGUUACCCUCCCUCCUUUAAAGGGUGACUGAAUUAGAUUUGCAUGGAAGUUUGAGAGGACAUAAAAAUGGAAAAUCUGACAAAACUAAGGGAAAUUUAAAGACACACAAGGAUGGUGGGAGCAGGGAAGAAAGUAGGAGAGACUGCUACAAUUUCCACAGGAUGUAUAUACAGUGCAAGGGGACUACAUAGUAUAGAGUACAGCUAAUGACUUUCUCAUAUGUUGCAGUUGCAUAGGCUAGCAAUUUCAUAUUAUGGAAUACACAGUACAUACAGUCAGCCUUUGGCUAUUGUUGUGGCCAACACACCUUUGAAGUACCAGUUAAAACAUUUUUUAGCAAGACUCGCUGAUAUGUUGGCCAACUGUAUGAAGCACUGUGUGCAGAAGUUGUUUUGACAUAACACGUGUGAGCCCUGAGGGCUAGCAUGGGGCUAACAAAAAAGAAUAGGCACCCUCAUUUGCAAGAGUAACGUGACAUUCUCCCCACUUUAACACUGAUAUAUAAAAACCUAAUACAUAUCUGUGAAAUUUAGCAGAAGGGUUUGUGCCACUGUCUCUGGUAUACUCUAGGUAGUUUGGAGGAUUUUAACUUUUGGAGUGCAUUAUUAAUGUGAAUUGUACAUUUUAACUGCCACCCAUUCCAAAAAGAACAGCUUCAAUGACUUCUGGCUUGUUCCUUGUAAAGGCUUACACACAGCCAGUGGUUAUUGGACAUAGUGAUAGCAUUGUUUUGACAGUGUAUUCAUAGUACCAGAACAGCCAUCCAGUCUUUGAAUUGAGCUAACCCCAGAUCACGUGCGCAGGAUGACGUUUUAUAGUUGCACUUAAUUUUAGUGCACAGUGUUAGGUAGUAAUGCCCUUUUUUGUUUUUUUUGCAAUUGUAAGUGUGCUAAAUGGGUGUACAAAUAAUGAAGUCUCAGCUUAGCUCUGCUUGCUUUACAAACUCGUUUAAUUUGUGCACUGAAUGAGUGAUGUACUGUUUAAUGAACAGGCUUUAGACACUGCAAAUGUUUGCAACGACAUGUGUUUGUUUCCUCCCUUCUGCUUUGUCACAUGUUAGAUCUUUAAUUUGUGCCAUCUGAUAUGUUUGAACCCUUUUAAUUUAACUGCAGUGUUUUUGUUCAUACUGUUUCAAUAAAAAACUGAAAACACUCCACAAAA